AUCAUGCCUGUCACACACCCGGUUUCGUUACGUACUCACUGAGCAAAGAGCAGCUUGAUGCGGUAAAAAAACUGGAACAGAUCACACAGAGGAAACCAGAGCACCGUUUUACAAAAGAAACAUAUUCCUCUUAAGAUGAACCCCGAGCAGCCGCCUCCGUAUCCGGGCCCCGGCCCCACAGCUCCAGGAUAUCCGGGGCAAGGGUUCCCCCCGAAUAUGGAGCAACCGCACCCCGGAGCCUACCCCGCAUACCCAGCAUACCCCCAGGGCCCCACUGGCCCCUACCCCGGCCCUGCCGGCCCCUACCCCGGCCCAGGACAGCCCCCCUACCAAGGCUACCCCGUCGCCCCUCAGCCCCAGUUUGGCUGGCAGAAUGGACCGCCCCCUGGACCCAUGUACGGAGAGGCCCCCAAAAACACAGUGUACGUGGUGGAGGAGAGGAGGCGCGAUGAUGGGGUGGGGGAUUCCUGCCUGACGGCCUGCUGGACUGCACUGUGCUGCUGCUGCCUGUGGGAUAUGCUGACCUAACACACGACCCCUGACCCUUCACCCCUCUCCCCUCACCCCUUGCUCAGCCUGAUCUGCAUUGCAGUGGAUACUGAAUUCUGGAGCUGCUGGUUACAUCACCGCAGGGCUCCCCCCCUCUCCCUCUUGCUAUCCCCGCCCACAGCCCACACACUGUGCUCUGAUAGGCUACAGUGUACCCGUGAUGCCAUGGAGACCACCCAGGGCUGCAGCCUGCUUUCAAAUGAACUGAUGUUUUUUGUCUUUAAAUUUCAGUUAAUCAGAGAUUUACAUUAAAUAAUAAACCACCUUUUGAAAGUUAUAGAAAUUAUAUAUGUUUAUGUUAAUGUGCUGUUUGUUUUAUUUUAAGAAUCUUUCCUUUCUAUUGAUUAUAAAUACAUAAUUAGCUGGAACUGUUCUUUUUAAUACUUACAUUCCUAGAUAGUAGAAACUAAAUUAAUUGCAACUGAUAAAAAAUGCUAUUUAAACAAUUCAUGAGAAUUGUACAAAUAAUAAAAUAUAUUGUUAAAAGAUAUUUCUUUAUGUAUAUUGCUGAUAUGAUCUGUGCUAAUGAAUGUAGAGAAUGUGAAAGCUUGUUUGAUUAUCUUCUUACUUUACAAACAUACUGGGGCAAAGCAUUGUGGGAUUGCUGUCUGGCCUGCUGUCCUGGGAUGUGGUUUUAUUGAUUGAUUGAUUUGCAUUAAUAUAUUUUAUGUAUACAAUGUUUUGAAUUAUUUGCUGUAAUUUCUCUCUUGAAUGCAUGUCCUCCCAUGAGGUGAAAGAUGCGUUUCCACAGACGUGCUCAAUAAAGUCAGAUCUGUGUCUGAGUUCAGGUGAAA